AUGGAACCGGCCCCGUCGGCGGACACCGAGCUGCAGCCCCUGCUCCUCGCCACCGCUUCGGACGCCUUUCCCAGCGCCUUCCCCAGCGCUGGCGCCAAUGCGUCGGGGCCGCCGAGCGGCCGCAGCGCCUCGUCCCUCGCCCUGGCCAUCGCCAUCACCACGCUGUACUCACUGGUGUGCGCCGUGGGGCUGCUGGGCAACGUGCUGGUCAUGUACGGCAUCGUCCGGUACACUAAGAUGAAGACAGCCACCAACAUCUACAUCUUCAACUUGGCCUUGGCAGAUGCCUUGGCCACCAGCACGCUGCCCUUCCAGAGCGCCAAGUACCUGAUGGAGACAUGGCCCUUUGGGGAGCUGCUCUGCAAGGCUGUGCUCUCCAUUGACUACUAUAAUAUGUUCACCAGCAUCUUCACACUCACCAUGAUGAGUGUCGACCGCUAUAUUGCUGUCUGCCACCCUGUCAAGGCCCUGGACUUCCGCACACCCGCCAAGGCCAAACUGAUCAACAUCUGCAUCUGGGUCCUGGCCUCGGGUGUUGGUGUACCCAUCAUGAUCAUGGCUGUGACCCAUCCCCGGGACGGGGCAGUGGUGUGCACGCUGCAGUUCCCCAACCCCAGCUGGUACUGGGACACGGUGACGAAGAUCUGCGUGUUCCUCUUCGCCUUCGUGGUGCCCAUCCUGGUCAUCACCGUGUGCUACGGCCUCAUGCUGCUGCGCCUGCGCAGCGUGCGCCUGCUCUCGGGCUCGAGGGAGAAGGACCGCAGCCUGCGGCGCAUCACGCGCAUGGUGCUGGUGGUGGUGGGCGCCUUCGUGGUGUGCUGGGCGCCCAUCCACAUCUUCGUCAUCGUCUGGACGCUGGUGGACAUCGACCGCCGCGACCCGCUGGUGGUGGCCGCGCUGCACCUGUGCAUCGCGCUGGGCUACGCCAACAGCAGCCUCAACCCGCUGCUCUACGCCUUCCUGGACGAGAACUUCAAGCGCUGCUUCCGCCAGCUCUGCAGCCCGCCCUGCGGCCGCGCGCAGCCCCGCAGCCUCGGCCGUGGAAAUGGCCUCACCUUCGUCCUGGGCACUAGUUGCCUCAUUCCCCACGUGGGUGCUGCAGGGGCCGGAGCACCUGGACUUGCGAGCAGGUUCGACUCGCGCGUGCGCACUCGUGGCUAG